AUUUAUAUACAUUGGUAUAGAAGUUAAAUCUCUAGAAUUCACGUUAUUCUUUUGCUAGUUUUGCAUUUUUAAAACAAUGAUCUUGAAUGUAUCGUUGUUUUUGAUUUUUCUUCUAGCUCAAAACGUGUCUUUGGAGACUAGAACUACGAGCGAAAAACCACUCUCUAAUCCAGCUUCUAAAAACGCGUCAAUACGAAUACCACCAAUAACCGGAAAAUUGCCUCAGAGGACUCCCAGAAACUGUCUAGAUGUGAAAAAAAGUGGUCAAAGCGCUUCUGGAAUCUUCAAACUUAAGCCAAGAGAAGAUGCCGAGAGUUUUUUAGCUUUCUGUGAUAUGGAGACUAAAGGUGGAGGUUGGACGUAUUUUUUAAACAGACAAGAUGGGUCUCAGAAUUUUAAUCUAGAAUGGGAAGACUAUAAGUGGGGGUUUGGUAAUUUAAACGGAGAAUUUUGGAUGGGUUUACAACAUUUGUAUGAGUUAACAGGAGAAGGUGGAUACGAGUUACUGGUGGAAUUAGAAGAUUGGGCAAAGGUAAAAGUUUAUGCCCGUUAUGGCUUGUUUGCUCUAGGCAGUGAAAACGAAGGAUAUUCAUUGAAAGUUUUGGGGAGAUAUAGUGGUGAUGCUGGUGAUUCUCUUUCUUUCAGUGCUGGAUCUAAAUUCUCAACUAAAGACAAUGAUCAGGAUUAUGCGUCACUACAUUGUGCUGAAGUGUACAAAGGUGCAUGGUGGUAUAAAGACUGUAUGCGCGCCCAGCUAACCGGCCAAUAUAAGAAGGAAACAGUUGGGCCGAAUGAAGAAUAUUUAAUAAUGUUCUGGCAAAGUUUUCGUGGCUCACGGUAUAGCCUUAAAAAAGUCAAAAUGAUGGUGAGACCAUUUGAGAAGAAAUUAAACUAAAAGUAAUAAAGAAACUUAUUUGUUAAUUUA